AUGGCGCGGGCCGGCGCCACCCGCUCCCCGGGCCCCGAGCCGCCGCGCCGCCGCGGCCGCCAGCGCUACGUGGAGAAGGACGGCAGGUGCAACGUGCAGCAGGGCAACGUGCGCGAGCCGGGCCGCUACCUGACCGACCUGUUCACCACGCUGGCCGACCUGCAGUGGCGCCUCAGCCUGCUCUUCUUCGUGCUCGCCUACGCGCUCACCUGGCUCUUCUUCGGCGCCAUCUGGUGGCUGGUGGCCUACGGCCGCGGCGACCUGGAGCACCUGGGCGACGCGGCGUGGACGCCGUGCGUCAACAACCUCAACGGCUUCGUGGCCGCCUUCCUGUUCUCCAUCGAGACGGAGACCACCAUCGGCUACGGGCACCGCGUCAUCACCGACCAGUGCCCCGAGGGCAUCGCGCUGCUGCUGCUGCAGGCCAUCCUGGGCUCCAUGGUGAACGCCUUCAUGGUGGGCUGCAUGUUCGUCAAGAUCUCGCAGCCCAACAAGCGCGCCGCCACGCUCGUCUUCUCGUCGCACGCCGUGGUGUCGCUGCGCGACGGCCGCCUGUGCCUCAUGUUCCGCGUGGGCGACCUGCGCUCGUCGCACAUCGUCGAGGCCUCCAUCCGCGCCAAGCUCAUCCGCUCGCGCCAGACGCUCGAGGGCGAGUUCAUCCCGCUGCACCAGACCGACCUCAGCGUGGGCUUCGACACGGGCGACGACCGCCUCUUCCUCGUGUCGCCGCUCGUCAUCAGCCACGAGAUCGACGCCGCCAGCCCCUUCUGGGAGGCGUCGCGCCGCGCCCUGGAGAGGGACGACUUCGAGAUCGUCGUCAUCCUCGAGGGCAUGGUGGAGGCCACGGGAAUGACAUGCCAAGCUCGGAGCUCCUACCUGGUGGACGAGGUGCUCUGGGGCCACCGCUUCACGUCAGUGCUCACGCUAGAGGACGGCUUCUAUGAGGUGGACUAUGCCACCUUCCACCAGACCUUUGAGGUGCCCACCCCCUCGUGCAGCGCCCGGGAGCUGGCCGAAGCUGCUGCCCGCCUUGACGCCCAUCUUUACUGGUCCAUCCCCAGCCGGCUGGAUGAGAAGGUGGAGGAGGAGGGGGCCGGGGAGGGGGCGGGCGGAGAGGCCGGCGCGGACAAGGAGCAGAAUGGCUGCCUGCCGCCCCCAGAGAGUGAGUCCAAGGUGUGACCAGUUCCCUCCAGACCCCUGUGGCAGGGCCGGACACCAGUGCCUGGGAGCUGGACGUCAGAGGCGGAGAAGGAGGCAGGCGAGCCCCCCAGGGAGGCGCUAAGGCCAGAGAUUCCCCUAGAAUCCAGUGGACGGGAGGGGGCCCGGUUUCAGGAGGACGGAGGGUGGGGAUGGGCAAGCAUGCCAGCCUAUCUGUGUUUGACCCUCACAUCUGUUCAUGGGCGGGUGGAUGAACAGAAGGAUGGAUGUAGGCAGGCUGGAUGGGGAGGUGGUAGCAGACAGACAGACGCUGGUGGAUAGGCGAAUGGACAGACAGGCGGUGCGCUGAGGGCCGCCGCUAACCCACAGAGCAUCUUUGCAAAUUCUAAAACGGCACCCUUUCCCUCCGGACUGAUGGCGUCCCCAACCAGAGGGGCACGGCUUGGGGAACAGAGCGUGGGCUGGGUUUCAGUCCCCACUCACCUCCUCGGCCAGCCUCCCUGUGCUGCCGCACACCUGUCUCACUGGACACAGUGGCCCGAGCUGACCCCGAGGAGAGAGAGCCGGACGGACAGACGGAGGUGGGCCGAGAUGAUGGCGCCCGCCCCGCUCCACCGCCACCACCGUGACCGGAGCAGGAGGGCAGAAGACUGCAGGGCUGGCUCAGCCCGGCGUGAAUGACCUUGCCCACGAGCAGGGAGACGGGGCCUAGGGAAGGAGAAGCAGGGACGGCUAUUUUCUGACAGCGGGACGAGAUCUCAUAAAUAGCACUGCAGCGGCAGGAAAGGGAGAGGGACAUUCUGAGGAAGAAGGGCCGGGGGAGAGAUCCAGAAAGGGAGUUCACGAGAGCUAAGGUACAGGGGCCUGUGGGCACAGUGACCGGGAGUCACUCGCAGGGUCCGUUGGGGGCACGUUGAGUACAGAGCACUGGCCGAGCGCAGGGUG